GCUUUAAAGACCGCGCUCCGGUCAUUUCAUUCACGCUGCAAGACUGACAGAUAGAAGCAGAGGAGCGAACACUCCGAGGGAUCAUCACGGGUUUGAUGAAGCUUGAAGAAAAGAAGAUGCUGGACCCCAAGGACUGUGGAAUGACAAUGACGUCCAGCCAUAAGAUUUCAUUUUCUAUAAUUGAUAUAUUGGAUCCGAACAAAUUCAACAGCAAAAGGGUAAACGAACUUUCCAUCGUCAACGAGAAGUUUCCUGUGCCAAAUGCAGAAGGAACAAGUCUGAAGUCGGGCAGCACUGCGGGCGGAGACUUCAGAGUUGAACGCACGAAAGCAGGGGAUGAAACAGGAGAUGAACACACUGCGGCCUCCAUGCAUCAUGCAGUUGUCGCUGACCCCCUUCUGCUGCCCCCACCGGCUGAAACAGAGCUCUGUCUCACCGGCGAGCAGGACGAUGGAGAGUCAGCGGUCAGCCUGCAGGACCCGUCACCGCACAAGCGGCGGCGCCUGGACCAGGUCUGCGCCAAACCACGGCGCGCCAGAACAGCGUUCACUUACGAGCAACUGGUGGCUCUGGAAAACAAGUUCCGCACAACUCGCUACCUGUCUGUGUGCGAGAGACUAAACCUGGCCCUGUCCUUGAGUCUGACCGAAACCCAGGUGAAAAUUUGGUUCCAGAACAGGAGGACCAAAUGGAAAAAGCAGAACCCCGGGGCGGACAGCACCCUGCAGCCCGUCUCCAACUCCCUGGUCAACGCCAAUCCAAACCCGCCCACCUGUGGGUCAAACUCCGCCAGCUUCCACCAAACUUUCCCCAACUUCAGCUCUGGGAAUGUGAUCUUCCACACGGCCGGUGGUGUUCCGCUUUCCUCCACUGGAGGGCUCUUGCAUCCCUUCAUGUCCAGUGGUUUCGUCCAGCCGACUUAUUUUAAUCCACAUCUAUGAAAGAAGCCAAGACGGACAUGUUGCAGCUGGUGAUGCUUUUGGACAAAUCUUUACGGGAACAAAAUAACUAUUCACAGCUGAACUUACUGCCCAUCAUUGUAACUGUUGCUUUAAUGCCAUAUCAUGUUCUACAAACUGAGGACAAAAAAGGAAUCUGUUUGAACAUUACCAUAUUGUCCAACUGGUUUACCUUGAAGGGAGUUUAAACCUUAUUAAAGUUCAAGUAGGCUAUUGCCUGUCUCUAAUCUUUAGCCAUGGAUCUUUUCCAGUAGGCUACUUCAACAUCAGAACAAAAGGCCAAAUAAGUGAUCUGUGACUGAGCACAAUCAUUAUUAAAACAUUUACAGUGUUCCUUAUAGUUCUAUCAAAAGACUGCACCACUAUGCACUGAUUGUCAGUCCUUGUGUUUGCUGAAACACCUGCUCACACUAUGUAUUUGACAGCUCAUAAAGUAUCAUUUUCUGCAUCUGUGUAUUGUCUUACAUCUCAAACUGUGGCAUAUUGCAACCAUCCAAUACCCAGCUGUGAUCCUACCUCUCAAAGGCUUGCACGGUUUAUGUCUGUUGCCAUUUAUACAACAUUAUCAGUGUAACUUAAUUAAAAAACAUAAAACAUC